UGGUCGCUCUCAGCUUCCUCUCUGCUGAUACGAAUCCAUACGAGGUGAGCGUUUAUAUCGCCUUUGGUUGGUGAACCUGCUCUGUAGACCGCUCUUCUCGAUUGCCAGUCCUGUGAUUUCAAUUAGAUGAAAAGCGGAAGCUUUGGUAGCAAUGCAUCAUACAUUUGUCGAGAUGGGACAAGUGCUUUGCCAGGAGUGCAGACUACGGUAAUACCGGUUAAAAACGUCGAGGGAAGCAACGAACGACUCUUUGUCAUGGACAUGCAAGCCUCUAAUGGAAUGGAUGUUUCUAUGAAUACAGUGUAUACUUCCAUCUCUGGGUUUUCCGACCUAGGGAUGAUAUGGAUGGGAGAUGUUAUGGUACACAGAGAAACUACUCAUGAACUCGCUAUGCUGGAACCUAGUCAAACUGACGGUUCCUUUUAUUCACAUGGUUCACAUCCGUAUGAAGAUAUUAGAAAUCAUAUUACACCUACUACCAUGGUACGCUAUAUACCCCAACAGUUUUCAAACGAGUGUUCUGAACCUGAUGAAACAAUGGAAGCUGCAGAUGCCAAUGAAAUACAGCAAGACUAUGACUCACAAUCUGAAAGACAAGAAAGAAGUGAGUAUCUAACUCUAGACGACUAUAUUGGCGAUGAAGAACGUGAGCAAGUGAACAAUGCAGCGACUCAAACUACUCAAGAUAGUCGCAACCGAAAAAUAAAACCUAUAAAACAUCCUGGACUUGUGUUGAAAACACCAAUUGCUUAUCAACCUCAUACAGAUCUGAAUUUUAUCCCUAUUCGUAAAGAUGGUAUAGCUGUUUGCGAAAAAUGUGGUGCCAUUGGUGUUAAACAUGCCUUUUACACAAAGGAGCGUAGAUUUUGCAGCAGGGCAUGUGCACGUUCCUCGGAACAUAUAGCUCCUACUGCCGAUUCGACAUAUAGUCCAUCUCAUUCAGUGGAUCAAGUGGUAUCUACGCACCAAGUGCCCUCCAAUGAAACUAAAGUUCCAAUGGAUGUGGUUGUAAAGGCAGAGGUAGAUACCAAGGAAUUCGUUGAAUCAGAAAAGGACAAAGUUAAAUUACAGCCAGUAAUGCCAGAAGAUUUACCAGUCAGGAGAAAGAGAACAGCUGAUAUGGUUGGCUCCUAUGAUUGGACUUCACAACUUACAGAGCCUGGAUUUUGUGCUGCACCAGUUUCUUGUUUCAAGCAUGUUCCUAUAUCAGAAAUAUGGGAUAACAUUACAGUAGGUAUGAAGGUAGAGGUAGAGAAUACCGAUUGUGAUGAAGUAUGUGAAGCUUUCCCGGAUUCCUUUUGGGUAGCAACUGUAUUACGCAUAUGCGGAUAUAGAGCUUUAUUAAGGUACGAGGGCUUUGGACACAAUCCAGACAAAGAUUUUUGGGUGUCUCUUUGUUCUAAUGACAUUCAUCCCGUUGGUUGGUGUGCUACAAUUGGAAAACCUCUUAUUCCACCUAACUCGAUCGCAAACAAGUACAAAGACUGGAAGGAUUUCCUGAUGAGACGAUUAACCGGUGCGAGAACAUUGCCGACUACUUUUUAUAAUAAGGUGAACGACAGUAUGAAAUCCCGCUUCAGAUGCGGGCUUCAUUUGGAGGUAGUGGACAAGAACAGAAUCUCGCAGGUGAAAGUGGCGACGAUACAGAAAAUCGUCGGCAAACGUUUGCAUGUAAGAUACUACGAUUCAUCUCCGGAAGAUAAUGGAUUUUGGUGCCACGAGGACUCUCCUCUCAUACAUCCCGUCGGUUGGGCCAAGAAAGUGGGGCAAACGUUAGAUGCUUACCCCGAGUACUUGGAACGCGUCGCCAAAUCGAAAUUGUCCGAGGAUGACGCGACGGAGAAUCUCUUUCAUGUGCCAAAGAAUCAUCACCUGCAUCUGGGAUACGCAUUUAAGGAGGGAAUGAAGAUAGAAGCGAUCGAUCCACUCAAUCUUUCAGCCAUAUGUGCGGCAACGGUCAUGCAAGUUUUGAAGGAAGAUUACAUCAUGAUACGCAUCGACAGCUACGAUGAAGACGCCAGUGGUGCCGAUUGGUUUUGCUACAACUCAUGCUCACCCUGUAUCUUUCCAGUCGGUUUCUGUUCCCAGCAUGGUUUACCGUUAACACCGCCAAAAGGUUACGAUUCUACCACAUUCACGUGGGACGCAUAUCUCGUGGAGACUGAAACCGUGCCCGCUCCUGUGCAAUUAUUCAAUCGGGAAAUUCCCCAGCAUGGAUUUAUAGAGGGAAUGAGACUCGAGGCAGCCGAUUUGAUGGAUCCUAGAUUAGUUUGCGUUGCUACUAUUACUAGGGUGAUUGGCAGGUUGCUACGAGUACACUUCGACGGUUGGGAGGACGAAUAUGAUCAGUGGUUAGAUUGUCAGAGCCCUGAUAUUUAUCCCGUUGGAUGGUGCGACUUAGUCGACCAUAAAUUGGAAGGGCCACGUGUACUCACUAAAAACACUAGUCCUACUGUAAAAUCACCGAGAGGCCUUAAACGUAAAGCUAAGAGAAAAAUGAAGAGAGGCAAAAUGUCUUGCGCCAAAAAUAUACUACCUCGUCAGAGUGAACGUAUUAAUGUGGCUCGUGAACGCGAGCGAGAAUUGGAACCUGCUCAAGGCACGAAGAUCGAGAGAGAACGCGACUUAGAGAGUCUACCGGAACAGGGAAGCAGAGAACCGGAAACGGCGGAAGAACCAGCUGGACCUGACCAAACCUUACCUAGUCCAACUACUGGGCAAGGUCAAGCUUUGAACGACACCCAAAGCGAGGUGCAAAAUCCACCACCUCCCAGAGAAAGGACCGCCACAUCGUACAUUAACGUUACUUCGGCGAGUAGUAAAUAUAUACCAAGGCUAGCAGAUGUUGUGCAUAAAAGUUCAGAAUGUGGUGACCUAGUGCCAUCUGAGUGGAAUGUCUUUGACGUUGCACAAUUUCUUCGUGUCAAUGACUGUACGACGUACUGCGAUAACUUCAGCAAACGUAAAAUAGAUGGAAAAACAUUAUUGACUUUGACUAAGGACCAAAUAAUAGACCUGACGGGCUUUAAAGUUGGACCGUCUUUAAAGAUUUACGAUUUAAUUCAGCAGUUAAAAAUCAAAGUGAAUCCAGCUCAGGAAAGGUUGAAAUUAGGAUUGAAAAAAUUAUUAUAACAAAACUAGUAUACAUAUAGUUAGCUGUAUGAACCUAAGUUUCAUCUCAUUACACACAAAUUAAACAUGGAUUUACAGGUAAGGCAUGUGAAGUAAUGACAGUUGAAAUCAUCCCAUCUCAUUAUGAUUGCAUACGUUAUUUGUUACAUAUUUGACUAAUGUACUGAAAAGGAAAAUGUUUAUAUGUAGUUUCUUUAUAGUCUAAAAAUGAUCGCGUAAAAUUUAGAUGCCGUAUGAUCACUAUGAGUUCAAAAGAGAUUAUUUCAUUCUGGAGAGCAACAUUUAUUUAAUUAUGGAUUUAUUGCCUCCGUUUGAUGGUCUUUACAAAAUAUUUAAUAAAAAAAGUACUUU